CCCACCUGCCCCCAGGACCACGAGCGACACGCAGCAUCUCCAUGACUGUACAGAAGAUCCCGACCACGGAGCGCCUCAGUACGCUGCGCACGUACCUGGCGCAAGAGGGCGUGGAUGCGUUUGUCGUACCCAGCGAGGACCAGCACUUCAGCGAGUAUCUGGCUUCGUGCGACGAGCGGAGAGCGUUUAUUUCUGGGUUCAAUGGAUCGGCUGGUGAAUUGAGUCUGAAAGCACAUGCUAUUCGCGUCUGACUGCCACGUAGGAUGUGCCAUCGUGACCAAAAAAGACGCGUAUUUGUUCACGGACGGACGGUAUUUCCUGCAAGCUGAGCAGCAGCUGGAUGCCAACUGGACGCUGAUGAAGCAAGGCCUCCCUGAUGUUCCUACGUGGCAAGAAUUUCUUUCCAAAAAUCUCGGUGACGGUUCGAACAUCGGUAUCGAUUCUACCCUGAUCUCGGCUUCCGACGCGGAAUCUCUUACCAAGUCUCUCGACACGCGGGGCUCUUCACUUGUUUCCCUGCCCAAGAAUCCGGUAGACACAGUCUGGGCUGGAGACCGGCCUUCACGGCCCAAGAGUCAGAUACACGUCCUGGAUGUCAAAUAUUCCGGUGAAUCGCAUAUAUCCAAGUUGGCACGUCUCCGGGCCGAGUUGGCGACCAAGUCUGCAACUGCCAUGGUCGUCACGAUGCUGGACGAAGUGGCGUGGUUAUUCAACCUUCGCGGAACCGACAUUGCAUUCAACCCCGUCUUUUUCGCCUAUGCAGUUGUGACUACUGACAAAGCCGUCCUCUUCGUCAACAACGAUCAGCUGAAUGAGGACGUGAAGAAUAGUUUAGGAAGCGAAGUUGAGGUCAAGGACUACGACGAGAUCUGGUCCUACCUGAAAGGAUUGGGUGAUAAAGUUCUCCUUGGCGACAAGUCGAGUUUGGCGGUAGCUCAAGCUGUUGGUGAGGGAAAUUACACACUUUCUCUGUCGCCCGUCGCAGAGAUGAAGGCCAUCAAGAACGCCACAGAACUAGAAGGUUUCCGCCAGAGCCAUAUCCGUGACGGUGCAGCAUUGGCCAGGUACUUUGCCUGGCUUGAGGAGCAGCUUAAUUCCGGUGCCAAGCUGGACGAGAACCAAGUCGCCGAGCAAUUGGAGGCAUUCAGAUCUGAGCUGGACCUUUUCCGAGGGCUGUCUUUUCCUACCAUUUCGUCCACCGGUUCCAACGCUGCCAUCAUUCAUUACUUCCCAACACCGGGCGAUUGCUCUGAAGUCAAACGCGAUGAAAUAUAUCUCUGCGAUUCUGGAGCCCAAUUUCUGGAUGGAACCACUGACGUCACUCGCACCUGGCACUUCGGCACAGCGACUCCCGAGGAAAAGCGCGCGUUCACUCGCGUUUUGCAAGGCCACAUUGAGAUCGAUACCGCUAUCUUUCCGAGCGGGACAACCGGCUAUCUUCUAGAUGCAUUUGCUCGACGAGCGCUGUGGCAAGACGGUCUAGAUUAUCGACACGGAACGGGACAUGGUGUCGGCCACUAUCUGAACGUGCACGAGGGCCCUCACGGAAUGGGUGUUCGGAUUGCUUACAAUGCCACACCAUUGAAGCCUGGAAUGACGGUCUCAAACGAACCCGGCUACUACGCCGACGGGAAGUUCGGCAUCCGUAUCGAGAACAUCGUGUUGGUCAAGAAAGUCGACACGCCGAACAAUUUCGGGGACAAGGGAUAUCUCGGCUUCGAGAAUGUGACCAUGUGCCCGAUCCAGACGUCGCUCAUUGACCGAAGCGUGUUCACCGCGGAGGAGGUGGGCUGGAUCAACAAGUACCACGAGGAGGUCCUUGCCAAGGUUUCGCCCCUGAUACAAAACGACCCCCGGGCACUGGAAUGGCUGAAGAAGGAGUGCGCGGCUAUCUAGUGGUAGACUAUAUUUUCCUUCAAAGGUCUGAUAAGAUGAGAAUGCAAUGUCAAGCAAGGCAUGUCAUUUUAUGAGAUUUUUGGAACGCCUGGGCUGUAAAUCUUGUGAGCUCUCCAGCACAAAAUAAUGGAAUAUAUGCUCGAAAGCAUUCC